UUCUGGAUGCCUCUGCAGCCAGAGAUGAGCCUGGAGAAAGCAGCCAAGACAAGAGCUUGAGGUUCACCUGGUGAAAGAAGACAACCCGACACAUCAAGCCGGAUACGCCAGCUUCAUUUCGAGAUGGCAGAGGAAGAUCUCCGGGGUUCGAGCACCCCUUUUUCGCUCUCCUUUUCGGGCAGUGGCUUUCUCGCCCUGUACCAGGUCGGGGUGGUGCAGUCCCUUCUGGAGCUGGCUCCCGAACUCCUCAAGUCCGCGUGCAAGGUCUAUGGGUCGUCCGCCGGCUCCCUCAUCGCCGCUGCCGUGGUCUGCGGCAUCAGCCUCGAUGGCCUAAAGGAAUUCUUCUUUGCCAUGGCAAGUGAGGUCAGGAAAACCAUCCUGGGCCCCCUCUCUCCCAAGUGCAGCUUGCUGGCGAAUAUCAAGAACGUUUUGCAGCAGAUGCUACCAGAGGACUCCUACCAGCUGGCUUCGGGACGGCUGCACAUCUCGCUCACGCGGGUGGCAGAUGGCCAAAACGUCAUGGCCUCUGAGUUCAGCUCGAAGGAGGAGCUCAUUCAGGCUCUCCUCUGCAGCUGCUUUCUUCCUAUCUACUGCGGCUUCAUCCCUCCAUCCUACCGAGGUGUGAUCUUCAACGGCAGCAUCCAGAUCUCCAUAGAGAACCUCUGCAGGAUUAGCUAUGCUCUCUUUCCGCCUAGCGCCAUGAUCUUGAAUGACAUUUUCUCCCAGGGGUACCAGGACACUGCCCUUUUCCUGUACAGGAACAAUGCCUUUGGCUUCAACUACUUUGAUGGCAAUUUCCGCUUCGCCAGCAUGUGUGGGAAGAACGACUCUGCAGGAUCCUUCACCGGCCUCUGCAAAAGGGUGGAAGAAGCUGCGGGGGCUGCUGGAAGGUAUCAGCUCCACAGGAAAACGGUUCCAGAAGCUCCUCCAAACCAUGGUGCCUGGUUUGCCUGCGAGAGCCGUGGCGAGGAG